CUCACUUCACUUGUUCAACCUGCUCUCAAACGCGUCACCACGACAAGAUACGCAAGAGCGCGAUACUAUAUGGCAAUGCUUAAUAAUGGUUUAGUCUUCAUCUGAAGAAGAGUGCUAUCAUGAUGCCAUGAGCGAAUCCGCCAAGCCCCCAAUAUAUCCUCGAUAUUGCUUUCAUCUUGCGCCAACCGUGAACCAAUGGUGCCUCUUUCGUGUAACCGAUAUCCAUGACCUUGGUCAGUACGAAGGGUUUGAAGGCGAAAACUUCUACUUCUAUGGGAAUCUGCCCAUCAAAUGGGUGCGCAUAGUCGGAUUAGUCGUCGCCAUUGACGAAUUCGCAAGCCGACGUGUGUAUACAAUAGACGACAGUAGCGGCGCAUGUAUCGAGUGCAUCAUUUCCAUACCAAUCUCUGGUGAAGGUGAUAGUCGCGCGACAACAGGAGAUGCUGCUCCGAAGAAAGCGGAUAUUGACCCGCCUCAAAACCCAGACCCAUUCCCAAAUAUUGCUGUCGGAUGCAUUGUCGACAUUAAGGGAGGUCUAUCUACUUUCAGAGACGAGCGACAACUCACCAUUGAGAAGAUGAUCAAGGUACGAAGCACUGCGCAAGAGGUUACUCUAUGGGAAAAAAGGGUCAAAUUCAAGUCCGAGGUUCUUGACAAACCAUGGGUUCUACGAAACAGCGAAAUCCGAAGAUGUCGAAAGGAAGCUGAACGGAGUGAAGAGGAAGCGGAGAGGAAACGAAAACGCAUCAAAGCAACGGUAGAGCCUCGAGCAUCGAAGCAGACAUCGAAGUCCGCGGGCCACGCUGAACAGCCCAUCCGGCAGCAGAAGCCGCACAAAGAAAUGCGGCUGGAUCUUCGGCAAAUUCUUGAGCAUGGUGGAAAAGGCAAAUACGAUGCGCUAGGAUUAUGAACUGAGGAUUUCCUGAUCGCUGGUGUACUUGCUAGGGCAUUUUAGCGGGCGUUCAUUCUUAGAUCUGGGCCAGAAUAAACAAUAAAAGAGAGUUGCCAAGUAGUGGUUGGCAUGGUCAAGCGCAUUGUGCCGUGUUCUGGAAUGCGAUACGCAA